UUUUAUGAUCAUUUACAAAAAUCUUUUAUGAAUCUUUUUCAUUUUAAUUUGGAAGUACUAGGAAACCUCGAACGAGGUUUCCUAGUCAUAUCUUUACUUCAAUAUUUUUUUCGAAAAAAACCAUAACAGUACUGACUCCGAAGAAAAUGAUAACGAAGUCUACAAGUUUUUCCGGAAUGAUUACCCUAUGGUUUACAAUGAACAAAAAAAAAAAACAUUAAAAAAGAACUUGCUUUUGAAUGAACGAACAUAUUCAAACUCAUUUCCUCUAUUGAAUUGUUUCAGAUAAAAGAUGAAAAUCUUCAUUAGUGAAUCGGCAGGUAUACUUGAAUUAAAAAUGUUAUUUACAGUGAAAUAGUCGUUAUUAUUUGUUGUAUUUAGUAAUGAGUCAAGUGUGCUAUUUGAAUAUUUCAUAUUUUAGUAGUUUUUCAGUUUUUUUUGUGCUAAUACAAAACAUUUUGAAAAAUAUGGAAAAUUAUGAACGUAUUGUCUCAGAUUCUUCAAGAUGUAAAAUGAGAUCUUCAGAAGAAAAUAAUCAGGCAAUUAAACAAAUGAAAAAAGGACAAUGUGAUUGUAACAAACCAAAAUCAAGAAACACAAAGAAAGAUUAAAAUAACAAAACGAAAGAAACACAAUGUGAUUCUCAAAUAUUCAAAUCGAAAAAUUUCAUUGAUGCCUAUUCAGAAAUAAAAACCGAUCAUGAGAUGAAAAGAUAUUGGCAGAAACGGUUUAAUCUUUUCAGUCGAUUCAACCAAGGAAUUCAACUUGACAAAGAAAGUUGGUACUCUGUCACUCCUGAAUCGAUUGCCAAGAAAACUACAGAAAUAUGCAAAACUAAUGUAAUAGUUGAUGGAUUUUGUGUUGCUGGAGGGAAUUCCAUACAGUUGGCCUUCACAUGUAAAAAAGUGAUCGCAAUCGACAUUGAUCCUAAGAAAAUCGAACUUGAAAGGAUCAAUGCAGGAAUUCAUGGUGUCUCAAAGAAAAUAAAAUUCAUUGUUGGUGACUAUAUUAAAUUAGCUCCAAUGCUGAAAGCAGAUGAGGUUUUUCUGAGUCAACCAUGGGGAGGUCCAUCUUAUUUGAAGGAAAGGGCUUAUGACCAAGAAAAAUUUUGAAGCCAUUCUUAUCAGUCAUGAUAUCGAAACAACCGGAACAAAAGAAUACGAAGUCUACAAGUUUAUUCGGAAUGGAAAUCUUAUGGUUUACAUUGGACAAAAAAAAACUUCGAAAAGAGCUUUUCCUUUUAAUGAACAAAUAUAUUCAAACUAAUUUCCUUUUUUGAAUAGCUUCAGAUGAAAAAAUGAAAAUCAUUGUACCAAAAUCCAAAACCCUCACUAUUUGAUAUAUCUUUCUGAUAUAUACAUACAUUUUCGUCAAGGAAUGAAAUUGCAAAAUGAUAAAUUAUUGGAACCGACCUAAAUAAAUAUAAAUUAUUCAAAACUGUACGAAUUGAGACAAGGAUUAUUGAAUUGAAAAACUGAAUUAUUUCAGAUUUUCGAUUAGUUUUUCAUUCACUCAAUUUGUACAAUUUCGGUAAAUAUAAAUAUAUAUAUUUUUUUGGUUUGUUUUUAUUUUUCAUAAAUUUGGAAUUGUAUAUCAAGACGAAAGAGUUCAAAUUUUGUCCAAAUGUAAAAUAGACCUGAGGGAACCACAGCGUUGGCGAAACAAUAAAUCAGUAGCGCAAAAAAAGAAAGAAGAAAAAAUGAUCUAUUUGAUGACUUCAUUAGUAAAUCGGCAGGUAUACCUGAAUUAAAAAUGUUAUUUUCAGUGAACUAGUCGUUAUUAUUUGUAAUAUUCAGUAAAGAGUCAAGUGUACUAUUUGAAUAUUUUAUAUUUCAGCUGUUUCUUCAUUUUUUUUUGUGCUAAUUCAAAACUUUUUGAAAAAUAUGGUGAGUUAUUUUCACAAUACUGAUAUCAAUUAAUUACGAUUGAAUGAUUUUUUUCUCAAUUUUAUGUUUUCCAUUCAAUGAAUAUUCGUACAAUAUCUUUAAAAACCAUUAUUUUUUUGACAUUUUUAUCAGUAAUCAUAUAAAAACAACCGGAACAAAAUGAAUACGAAGUCUACAAGUUUAUCCGAAAUGGUUACCCUUUGGUUUACAUUGGACAAAAAAAAAAUUUGAAGAAGAGCUUUUCCCUUUAAUGAACAAACAUAUUCAAACUAAUUUCCUUUUUUGAAUAGCUUGAGAUAAAAAAAAUGAGAAU